UGCCGCCAUCUUGGUGCGUGCCUAAGAGCCACACUUCUUAGUCCUCAAAUACAGACUGUAUUAUAAUUAAAAUUACUGCUGGCCUAGCUGGUUAACAGAGGGAAGGAACACAUUGCAGGCGUGCUCUGUGAACUUGCUUCCUAGUAAGAUAUUAAAUGAAUGCAUGCAAUGUGAUUUGAGAAUGUUAAGACUUUACUGCCCAGAUAACUUAGGAAGAUAUUUUCUUGGAAGGCCUUAAAUGAAUAUUAAUCCCUUUUCAGUGCAGACUUGAUUUUAAGAUUACAUUUACCAUUUGUCUCGCCAUACUAUUCUGCAGUUAUGAUCCAGUUUCACUGCACAAAUUUCUUCUAUCUUACUGUCCGCAGAACUCCAUCCCUACCCAUAGGCAACUGCAUGGGCAAGGCUCAGGCAGAACCUGCAUUAAAUGCAGUGAAUUUUAUAUGUUCCUAAGAAACAUUAUGGAAAGGAUGAGUAAGAAGUUUUACAUUUCCAUCACAAUUUACAAUUCCAUCUGACUCACAUCUGUGUGAGUCAGAAAUGAGAAUCGACUCCAGAACUCUUACUGGUCUUACAGAGUCCCCUUUUGCCCAUACAAACUCAAGUGGGAAGCACCUGCCUGCUCCAGAACUGCUCUGUACCUGAAAGGUAUGACCGAGUGAAAUGCGUUUGCAUUACCUGUAGCACCAAGUGGAUGUCCCUUUGAAAUCAAGCCGCCGCUGGGAUUAAUGACCCAUUUUCCUCCAUAAGUGUUGUCUCCUCUGUCAAUCAGGUCACACGCUUUUCCUGAUAGAACAAUAGUUAGAGAAGGAAAACCGCUCAGGGUUUUGUAAAACAUCAUUUUUCAGUUCUAGCGUCGCUAACCAGAGAUGCUGCAAAUACUUUCUGCCCGUCAAACCCUUAGAAAGAAAUACACCAGCACAGAUUUUACAAGGGCAGACUGAACUGAGCCCAGCAGCGUUCAUGAGACUUGCUUACGUGACUGGAGAAAGCGUAACAUGGCAGAGAAGCUGGGUGGUGAGUGCCUGAUGCAAAAGCUUGCUUUACUUAGCUGUUCAGCUGUUUUGUGGAUAUACGGUGUUGUGAUACAGUCAACAUAAUGCAGCUAUUAAUUAUUUUACUAAGGAAGCUGCAAUGAAAAUUAUGGGUUUUUUUUUGGUAAAAGAAAAGCUAAAGUUGUGAGUGGUGUUAAUAUAUUUUUGCCGUGUUAUCUCCAAAAGGAAUUGCUUGCACAAUUAUCAACACUGGGGGGCUGCAUAACAAUAUUUCCUGACGAUCUAUAAAGUUGUCUCAUUGAGAAUGCUCAGACUUAGUUAAAUACACCAUCUAGUGACAGAAGUAUGAAAUUUUCACAAAAUCACAUGAAAACGGAAUAAAGACUGCAUCGGAUACUGAAAUCCCAUAGCCCUUAAUCUCCUUCUCCUGCUUGCUUAGAAGAGCCAUUCCUGCACAAGCUUGGUGUGUGUUUUCGUGCAGUUAGCCAACGCAUUAGCCUUGUGUACUAAUCUAGAAAUCACAGUAACACACUGAUUUGUUAAAUACAUUCCACAAUUUGCAGGUCUUUAUGUUACUACAGCGGCAGCUUGCUUUUUCCUCUGAUGAGGUUAGCUAAUACGGCAUUCAAAGAUGUAAGAUGUGUAUAGUACACAACUCGAUGUUCCAAUUAUACAUAGAAGUAAUAAAAUAUUUGUUAUGCUUUCCACGUUAGUAAACCAAAUAGCUUCACUGAUGCUAUUACCUUCUGGGUUGAGUCCAAGAGCUUCUUAGGGAAUGAACUCAUUUACCAAGAAGCCUUCUUGGAGUUCAGUCACAUGAACAGCAGGAGCUUUUAGCCAGCAGGGUGAGCUGGGCUGGGCCGCGUUUGGGCUGCAGGCCAUGGGUUGGACAUGCCCCCUAUAGGGCACACCAGUGCACAGUGAAGAGCACUGGGAGCUGUUUAACAGACCCUGGAGUGCACUGUGCGGUCCUGGAACGUCUCUAGGUCACCUUAGGGCACACCAGGGGGCUGUGUUAGUACUGCAGUGCUCUUGAGUAUGCUUGGGGAGUCCUGGGAGUCUUCAGUUGCACACUAGGAUGUCUCUAGGGCACUCUACAGCACACUUAGGAGUUAUGGGAGCAUUCUACUGUAUCUUAGGUUACACUGGGAGGACCUGGGUGUCCUCAGGGUACUCUGGGAGACCUCUGGUGCAUCUUAGAGCACACUCAGGAUUUCUGGGAGCACUCCAUUAUGCCCUAGAGCACCCUGGAGGGCUCUGUGGAGUCCUCUAGUGCACACUAGGAAGCUUCUAGGACAAACCAGUGAACAUGGAGGGCAUGUUUAUUGACCCAGGGAGGCCUCUGCAGUCUAUAGAAAGCAGUGAGGUUUCUUUGGAGUCUUUUCUGGCAUCCUAGAGUAUAGAGGGGGCUAUAAAGCACGGUGGGCACUUGCAGGGAUCUUCUAUGGUGUCUAAAAUACACUGGGGGUGCCUUGCUGGCCUCUAGGGCAAAUUGGGAAGCCUCUAGUAUGCCCUACAGCAGAGGGACAGGCUCUGGGAUUACGCUAGCUCUCUGCCUGUCUCUGCUUACCACUGGUGGUGAAGUGAGAUGGCAGGGAAUGCUGAGGCACGGUGACACAAAGGAGGUCAGCUGUCGGGGCUGCGGUACUGUGUAGCUGUGCUGGGUAUCCAGCUGGGGUGAGGGGUCGAUGACUUGUGUGUUAAAGCUUCUCCAAAGGGUCAGAAAGGGCUCUGUCCCUGUAGGGCUGUUGGGAGAUACAGCCCUGUGCUGCCAAGGCUGCUCUGACCCUAGUGUGGGGUCACUUCUAUAGGGCCUGAAGCUGCAGCCCUCAUAUGCCCAUCUGAGAGCUAUUUAAACUGUCACCUCCUUGGAGCAGGAUCUCCAUCGCUUCCUGUUUCACAGAGUGCUGAGCUGGAUGUCAGCUCUUGUUAAAUGGAAAAGAAUAAGACUGCAAUUAGCCUGGUGGAUAAAAGGCAGGGAAAGUCUCAACUAUGAGAAAUCAACACUUGAAGAAGCAAACCACAUAUGGGGAGCAAAUGCUGGAGAAAAAAAGCAACAACAAAACACAACAAGUGGAAAAAAUUCACUUAUUACCUAAGUUAACAGCAGUGUAAUUUGUUGGAGUAACAGCGUGAGCUGUUCUGUACCAUAUAUCCGUAACAAGAAUUCGUUGCUGAGAGAAAAGCAGAUGACUUUAUAAGACACUGUGCGGUUGUUCUGGGAAAUGUUAGUUAUUUACUGUUGGUAUAGUAACAGAAUUACCCUAGUGAUGCUGCAGCAAGCUAAAAGGAACAUGUAUAGUAUAAAGCAAGUACAAAAUAUACCGAGUCUGUGUCCCCAUAUUUCAGGUAGAUUAAAAGCAGUCAUGGAUUUUUUUUUUUUUUUUAACAGUACGUAUCCUCUGGGAGAACAAACAUCUUAAAAUUCAUUUGGAUCAACACACAGAUGCCAAUAGGCACUUGGCCAGGCUCUGCUGUGCAUACUUAUGUUUGAAAAAUACUUCCUUUCCUGCCUUGGAGACAAAAACGCCUUUUACUCUCAGUGUUUUGAUUAUUCACUUUUUAAAGCAAAUGACAGCAAGUUACUUAAAAGAUUGUUAAUAGGCUUUGUUCUCUGCUUUCAAUUAAAGGCACAGUGUCAUCAUAUAGCACUGGACCCUUGAGGAGUGUCAGUGUUUCUGCAGAGUCUUAUUUAAAUUGGGCAAAUAAAGCUGAAAGUAAAGAACGUUUUAUGACAUGUUGAUACAACUAAAACUUAAUCCUCCUGACUGCCUUGUGUCUCACUCCAUGCUUAUCACAAAUAAGCUGGUGUCAUUCUGCCGACCAAACCAGCAUUCUUGCACCUUCCUAAAUAUGCUCAUGCUUUAAUGGAUCUGCUUACACCUUCUGCUGUCUUCCCUAUUGUUUCUUGACUGGGGUGUGCUUUAUUUGAUUAUGCUGUCCAUCGGAUCUAAAGAAGUGAUUGUACCAGAAUUCAAACUGAAUUUUCAGCUUCAGAUUUUGAACCUGAAUGUCGCUUUGUUCAGACUGCAGCUACCACUGCAGGGAACAUGUGAGGGUACAAAGACUUGAGUUGGACCGGAAAUUUUGAAUGCAGCUAAUUCUAAGUUGUGAGUUCUGCCGUGGAAUUUCUUUCCUCUGACAGCACCAGAAAGCUGUAGUGACAGCAGAAGCAGAAGCUGCCUGAGGCCUUACACCGUGCUGGGCACAGCCCUUGGCUUAGUGGUGGAUCAGAACACUUUGGGGGCGAUGCCAGCCGGCGGCCGGGAGCUGCUGGUGCUGGGGCUGCUGGCGCUGGGCUGUGCCGCCGCCAACGACUUCCCCGAGAGUGUUCUGGGGCGAAGGCGGCCACCAGGCCCGGCCCCUGGCUGCCCCCGCGACUGUGGCUGCACCCAGGAGGGCGUCGUGGACUGCGGUGGCAUCGACCUGAAGGAGUUCCCGCUGCUGCUGCCUGAGCUGACCAACCACCUCUCGCUGCAGAACAACCAGAUAGAAGAAAUCUUUCCAGAAGAGCUUGCUCGCCUUCACAGACUAGAAACUCUCAAUUUGCAAAACAACAGGCUGACUUCAAAAGGGCUGCCAGAGGAAGCAUUUGAGCAUCUGGAGAACCUGAAUUACUUAUACCUGGCAAACAAUAAGCUAACAGUGGCUCCAAAAUUCCUACCAAAUACCUUGAUCAGUGCAGAUUUUGCAGCCAAUUAUCUCACUAAGAUAUAUGGGCUCACAUUUGGACAGAAACCAAACUUGAGAUCUGUGUACCUUCAUAACAACAAACUUUCGGAUGCUGGCUUACCUGAUAAUAUGUUCAAUGGCUCUAAUAAUGUGGAGAUACUCAUCAUGUCCAGCAAUUUCCUGAAAUAUGUUCCAAAGAAUCUCCCUCCAGCAUUAUACAAAUUACAUUUAAAGAACAACAAGCUAGAGAAGAUUCCCAAAGGAGCCUUCAGUGAACUUACAGGCCUGCGGGAGCUGUACUUACAGAAUAACUACUUGACUAACGAAGGAAUGGACAACGAAACUUUCUGGAAACUGUCUAGUCUUGAAUAUCUGGAUUUGUCCAGCAAUAACCUCUCACAAAUCCCAAGUGGUUUGCCUCGAAACAUCGUCCUCCUUCACCUGGAGAAGAACGCAAUUAAAGUGAUUGGCAGAGAUGUCUUGACCCAAAUUAAGAACCUUGAGUACCUCCUGCUCCAUAAUAACAAAUUAAAAGCCCGAGGUAUUCACCCAUCAGCCUUCCAGGGCUUGAAGAAAUUGCACACUGUCCAUCUGUAUAACAACCUCCUGGAAAGGAUUCCCAGUGGGCUGCCUCGACGAGUGAAAACACUCAUGAUCCUGCAUAACCAGAUCUCUGAGAUUAACAGGAAUGACUUUGCUACCACUUACUUCCUUGAAGAGCUGAACCUGAGCUACAAUAAGCUCAAAAGUCCCCAGAUCCACCGGGAGGCCUUCCGUAAACUGAGGCAGCUAAAGUCCUUGGAUCUUUCUGGAAACAACCUCAACACAGUGCCCUAUGGCUUUCCAAAGAACUUGCAGGUUCUGAAGCUGAAGGAAAAUGAGAUAAGUGACAUCCCCAAAGGGACUUUGUCUGGGAUGACAAAGCUGCGGGAACUGUAUUUGAGCAACAAUAAACUGAAAGUAAACUCCAUUUAUUCAAGAGCGUGGAGGGAGCUCAGCAGUCUCCAGUCACUAGACAUGGCUGGCAACCAGCUGACUUCUAUCCCAUUGGGUCUGCCAGAAUCUCUGGAGUAUCUGUAUCUUCAGAACAACAAGAUCACAGUUGUUUCAGAGAAUGUUUUUGAGUCCACACCCAAACUAAAGGGAAUUUACCUCAGGUUUAAUAAGAUUGCAGUUGGAGCACUGAAGGUAAGUACCUUCCAAAGUCUACAGCACUUACAAGUACUGGAUAUUGAAGGGAACCUUGAAUUCAGCAACACUUCAAAGAAUAAGGAUGACUCAGAAGAGGAAGCAGAAGAUGAAGAAGAUGAGGAAAACUGAUGUAAAAUAUGAACUCACACAGGCACGCCAUGAGGAAGCAAAGCAUAUGGAAAAUUACAUAUAUGUCUAUGUGUAUAUAUCUAUAUAGAUAUAUAGAGAACACUUAGCAGAAUGUGCAAUGAAUUAUACAGAAACUGUCAUGGCACUGAGCCAGGCUUAUGGAAGACAGUGUGUUGCAGUGCCUUAUUCAGGGAGAGACCCUGAAUGCCUUUCCAAAGCUUCCAAAUCAUCUUAUACAAGACCCAGGAUCAUAAGGGAUUGCUUUGGAACUCACAAAAGCUGGCUUUUGUUUCUUGUUUCUCUUCCUUCACUGUUUCCAUCUGUAAUAACAAUAUGGGACUGUUUUGAACACAUGCCCUCAAAUGCUUUUUUUGUCACUGCAUUUUAAGUGAACUAUGUAUUAUGCUUCGCUUCUUUUCUUGCACCCAAAAGAAGCUGUUGUUGAUCAGACAAGAUGGAUAUUUGCAGUAGUUUCAUGUGUGGAGCAGUAUAUGAAGCAUUUGGGUCAUCAAGCAGCGGUAAUAAGUCUAGAUUAAACUAUUCCUCUGUUAGAACAAUGUGUAUAUUUGGAUGAGAAAAACAAAAUAAGGCUGGAUCCCAUAAUAUUUUAUCUGUACUGCUACUGCCUGCAGUAUAUGCCUGUUUUAGAAAGUUUUUAAGAUAAAACAAUUGCUCUUAUAUAUAUAUAAAAACCUAUGUCUGCCUUCCAAAGGUUUGGUAUAGUUUGUGCCUUGCUGUUGUUUGACUAUGUGGCAGUUGUGUGAAUAUCUCGGAAGAUAUGUCCAGAAGACUGAAUAUCAGUAUGCAGUAUGAUACAUGCAGUAGAAUUUUUUACAUAUUGUAUAUCUUAUAUGUUAAGAGUCAGAUGUGAUACUAAUGAAGCAAAAGAGAUAAGUGAGUGGAAACUGAUAAGUGUCAACUAAAAUUUUUUUGUUUAUUUCAAGUCUUGUGACAGUGCUUGUUCUCAAAAUCUCUUAAAUUAAAACCUCACUGCUGAGUA